CAAUUCCUUAGAAACGUAUCUUUUCGAAGGGUCACUCUAGAAUCUCCAGUAGCACAUCUUCGUCCAGCAUGACAAGCAAACGCCGUAGCUCCCACCACUAUGGGCAGUAUCUACUACUCCUGCUCGUUGCCCUCGUCGCUGCAUCUCCUUCCAGCGGUCGAAGCUCGUACCGGAAUUCUCGAAAAAGCGGCGGAUUCACGACCAACGUGACGGUGGAACAGUACAAGGACGCGUUACAAAAUAUACAAGAUGCCAACGUCUCCGAAAGUCUAGAACUCCUAAGCAAGCUCUCACUCAAGCGAUACGAGUUCAAAUACGACUCGGUGGAAGGUCGAACUACACUAUUGGGGGUGCUGGGCCCUGAACUACGUUCUAUAGCUCCCGAAGUGGUGCAAGUUCUACCCGAACGCUACGUGUUCGACCGCGAUGGUCGCGGCAAGAUCGCGUUGCAGAAUUUCCACGUGGUAGACAAGGACGCUCUCUAUAUGCACAAUCUGGGAGCCACCCAGCAGCUCCUUCUCAACUUUAACCGUCAAGAGGAGGAGAUCCUAGCACUCAAACAACUGACAGUCGCGCAACAGCAGAAGAUCGACGAGUUAAAAGGUUAUCUAGAGCAAGAAGCCAGUGUACAACUUGUACAGAAGAGACUGAUUGCUGAAGCGGAGUUGGCUCAGACGGAGAAGCUCAUUGAGGAAGCCAGAGUGCGUGGAGAGGAAGAACGCAAGACGCUGGACUUAAAACGAGACCAUGAGCUGCAGGUGGAGAGCGAGAAGCACGCGUUGGAGCACAAGCGCAUGCAAGAGGAAGACGCGGCCCGACGAGAUCAGAACCGCGACCUCGUGCAGCUCCAAGAAGAGUCGAAUGUCCGCAUUGAGCGAGCCAGACGCGAGACGGAGGAGGUUCUUAAGGAGAAACAACUAGCCGCCGACCAUGCGCGUGCUUUGUUGGAGCGGAAUACGACGCUAGAGAAGGCGGCGAUCGACGUGGAAGGCCGAAUCCGUCAGCAACGAGCCAAUCAGGACAUUGAGAUGGCUCAACUGCAGCAGCGACUCGAGGCAGACCGCGUUAAGCUCAUGCAAGCGCUGCAGGCGACGUUCGACAACCUUGGCCAGGGCAUUUCGGUGCUUUUAGCCGAUAAACAGAAACUCACCAAAUUUGUGGGUGGGUUUGUGGCCUUAGCUGCGGGAAUUUACCUCAGUAGAGAAGCUAUCCGGAUCAUCGGGAAGCUGAUCGAACAGCGACUAGGGAAACCUUCCCUCAUUCGGGAGACGUCUCGAUCUUCUGGCGCAUUUGGCUUUUUACGUGCUCUGAUCAGUCAAAAACCUGCUAAAGGGCAAGAUGAACUGGCCGACGUGGUGCUAAGAAGCUCAUUAGAGACGCGCGUGCUUGAGAUCGCCCGCUCGACGCGCAAUGCGAUGCUCCAUGGCGCUCCGUAUCGCCAUUUACUGCUCUAUGGGCCUCCUGGAACGGGUAAAACGAUGGUAGCUAAGCGUCUGGCAAGGGCGUCAGGAAUGGACUACGCUAUUCUGAGUGGCGGAGACGUGGGUCCAUUGGGGUCGGACGCUGUUACAGAGCUCCAUGCGCUCUUUAAAUGGGCUAAUUCAUCCCCACGAGGCGUACUGAUCUUCAUUGAUGAGGCAGAAGCUUUCCUUGGCUGUAGAGCCACACGCAAAACCCACAUGAGUGAAGCCAUGAGGAAUGCGUUGAAUGCCUUACUGUACCAUACAGGAACGCAGUCUAAAAAGUUCAUGUUGGUCGUAGCGACCAACAGACCGGAGGAUCUGGAUACGGCAGUGACGGAUCGAAUCGAUGACACGCUGCACUUUGAUUUACCGGAGACGAAGGAGCGUGUGCGGCUGUUGCAAAUGUACUUUAACGAGUAUGUCGCUCACCUGGCUGCCCCUCCUGAUACGGUGACGUUGAAGGGUAAAGUCGACAAGGCGUCGGUCAGUGCGUUGCCUCCUGUGCUGGAUGCGAGUGUCAUGACGCAGUACGGAGACAUGACGUCGGGUAUGAGUGGCCGAGAGAUCGCUAAGAUGAUGCUAUACAUGCAGAGUAUUGUGUACGCACAGGACCAAGUAGCCGUGACGCUCAAACUCGUCGACCGAGUCGUCAAAGAGAAAGUGGACGAGCACAAACGCAAAUUGGAGCUCAAAAACUAUACCGACAAAUAAUAAUAAAAAACAUUUUUCAGAAAA